AUGAGUGGAAACAGUUUAUUAUUAUCAUCAUCAUCGGCAUCACCAUCACCAUCAUCAUCAUCAUCAUCAGCAACAAUAACAACUACUACGUUACCUACAUCGGUAUCAGCAGCUGCAGCAGUUGCAUCAGCAGCUACAGCAGCUGCUAACGCCAUCCGAAGUAGCAACAUCACAAGUAAUAGUGGUAGUAGUAAUAGUUGUAAUAAUACUGUGUUACAAACGACAACAACGCCCGAAGGCGGAGACAAUAAGGUUGCUGUUAGUAGUACUAAUACUACAGCAGUAGCAGUAAGUGCCAUCCAACAGUUGCAGCAUCAACAACACCAUUAUCAACAGCAGCAACAGCAUCACCAUCAUCGUUAUCAUCAUCAUCAUCAUCAUCAGGUAUCAUCAUCUUCAUCACCAUCAUCAUCAUCAUCAUCGGUAACAACAAUAACAGCAGCAACAACAACAACAACACCAACAACAACAACAUCAGCAAUAUCACCACCAUCUGCUAUUGUUUUACCAGCUCAAUCAAAUUCACUCACCGGUUUAUCAUCUCAGGUUCACGAGAUUACCUGCAAUUUAUGUCCGAAAAGUUUUGCUAGCCAAAAAAUACUUCAACAACAUCAGCAUAUGUUUCAUACCGAUAAAGCAUUUAUUUGUGAAAUUUGCGGUAAAGCAUUCCGGUUCCGGUCUAAUUUAGCGGAACAUCGAUCCGUACAUACCGCACUCAAACCAUAUGUUUGCAAAUUUUGUGGCAAAUCAUCAAGGCUUAAAGGUUAG